CCGCGGGCUGACAGGUGCCGCGGAGGGGGGCUGUGCGAAGCGCUGCGCGCGGCCGGCAUGGGCGGCACGGCCGGCCGACCGCCUCGGACCCUGCCCGUGCUGCUGCUGGCGGCGGCGGCGGCGCUCAGCUGCCUGGGUCCCGCGGGGGAGGCCCAGCUUGCUGGGGUCCUGGAUGACUGCCUGUGCGAUAUAGAGAGCAUCGACAGCUUCAAUACCUACAAGAUCUUUCCCAAGAUGCAGAGGCUGCAAGAAAGAGACUAUUUCCGCUAUUACAAGGUUAAUCUGAAGAGACCUUGUCCUUUCUGGGUAGAUGAUGGCCACUGUUCAAUAAAAGACUGUCACGUGGAACCCUGCCCUGAGAGCAAAGUUCCAGUUGGAAUUAAAGCCGGGAGUUCUAAUAAAUAUUCCAAAGCCGCAAAUAACACCAAAGAAAUGGAAGAUUGUGAGCAGGCGAAUAAGCUUGGAGCAGUUAACAGCACGUUAAGUAAUCAGAGUAAAGAAGCCUUCAUUGACUGGGCAAGAUAUGACGAUUCCCAAGACCACUUCUGUGAACUGGACGAUGAAACGUCUCCGUCCGCCCAGUACGUAGACCUGCUGCUGAACCCCGAGCGCUAUACUGGCUACAAAGGGUCCUCCGCCUGGAGAGUGUGGAACAGCAUCUAUGAGGAAAACUGUUUCAAGCCUCGGUCUGUCUAUCGGCCUUUAAAUCCACUGGCACCUAGCAGGGGGAAGGACGAUGGAGAAUCCUUCUACACGUGGCUAGAAGGCUUGUGUCUCGAGAAAAGAGUCUUCUAUAAACUCAUCUCUGGACUUCAUGCCAGCAUUAAUUUGCACCUGUGUGCAAAUUACCUACUAGAAGAAACCUGGGGAAAACCUAGCUGGGGACCAAACGUCAGAGAGUUUACGCGGCGCUUUGUGGACACGCAAGGGGAAGGUCCCAGGCGGCUGAAGAACCUCUACUUUCUGUACCUCAUUGAGCUGCGCGCUCUGUCCAAGGUGGCCCCGUACUUCGAGCGAUCGAUCGUGGAUCUGUACACAGGGAACGUGGAGGAGGACGCCCAAACGAAAACCCUCCUGCUGGAUAUCUUCCAAGACACCAAGUCCUUUCCUAUGCACUUUGAUGAAAAGUCCAUGUUCGCCGGGGAGAAGAAAGGAGCCAAGUCCUUGAAGGAAGAGUUUCGGUUGCAUUUCAAGAAUAUAUCCCGUAUAAUGGACUGCGUGGGCUGUGACAAAUGCAGGCUCUGGGGAAAAUUGCAGACCCAAGGCUUAGGAACGGCGCUAAAGAUUUUGUUUUCUGAAAAAGAAAUUCAGAAGCUUCCAGAGAACAGCCCGUCUAAAGGUUUCCAACUCACCCGACAAGAGAUAGUCGCUCUCUUAAACGCAUUUGGAAGACUCUCCACGAGCAUAAGAGAACUGCAGAAUUUUAAGGUUUUAUUACAACACAGUAGGUAAUAAAGACUCUCGCCCGCCUGGUUAGCGACGACCCUACAAUGACUCCAGGAAGUCUUUGAACGUUCGGACAUUCGGCAGGGAGAGACCAGUCUUCUAGGACUUGACUAACUUUGAACUCUUGCAGGGGAAAUUCAUGUUCCAACUUGAAUAUUUAUGAUCCUUACUAGAGGAAACGGAUCCCGAGGAGAGGAGCUAUUUAUGAAUGAAGUGUAUAGUUUUUAAACCUGUAAACGACACCGUUCUGUUCAAUUCCGUGCGCUUUCCCGCCUGUCCACCGCUCCGAAUCAGUAGAUUCUUCUUUUUCCUUGCUAAUCUAAAAUAACCCCAUCUUCAUCCCAGCACCGAGGCUCAUCACCCGGAAAAGUAAGGUAGCUGCUUUCUGCUGGAAGGGCACAGAAACGACUUAUCUACAUGUUUCCUGGUGAUGUCCCUCGACAGGGAAUCCCGGUCGUAAAGGUCAGCUCGCACCCCUACUCCUGGAUUGCAGAAUGAAAUGGGAAAUCUGGCUGAGGCAAAUGCUUGAGGGAGAUCAGGAAUCCAUCAUAUUCGGCAGCCGUCCCGGGCUUGGUACCCGGGGUUACAACCCGAAAACCCUCUACCCACGACCCAGUGCCCAGACUCCUAAAAUAGAUGGUUUUCGUUCUCUCCCAGAACAGGCGGAGUCGUCCUCUGGAAGCAGCAGGAUACGUCUUCCCAGGCAAUUCAUUUUUAACGAGCCUAAGAUUUAUGGCAAGAGAAAAAAAAAACACGCACAGAACUUGCAUUCUUUAAUUGAAACUAGGCCUUUUAAAGAAACGCUUGGUUCUUUUAAGACUUCUACCGUCUAUGCAAUCUCCACCCCUGCUAAUACUUGCCCCCAAACCCUUAAUCUUGCUUUCUUAGGUAGAAUGUCGAGCGGGUAAAUGAAUUCAAGGGGUGCGGUUGGAUCCUUCGUGGGGUCGGGGGGAAUUCAGGACUGCCCACUGUGUUCAGUAAAGUAGCGGAUGAUGAUUUUCUGAAUUUCAUACUGAUUAACCUCCGACCAAGGAAAGCAGAAGCUGUACUCUUUUGAUGAUUGAAAAAGCCAGAGUGCUGGUCUUUAAUGAGGGAGUUUGCCUCCGUUUGAGGAAUAACAGGUAGAACCUACCAAAAAGUCUAUAUUUCGUAGCCACUUCAGUUUUUACAAAGCGAAUGAAAAAGUGCUCUUAAACCAUUGUUUCAUCCUGUCAGAGUCCGAGCUGUGCUUGGAGUGGAGAGUUAAAAGGAUCUGGUUCAACAAGUUUGAACAUUAAAGGGCUCGUUCGACUCCUUGCAGGCUUUGGGCCAGCUUGUUCUGAAAAGUGACUAAGAAAUCAUUUUCCUGGUUUGUGUGCGUGUGUUUAGUUAGCACAAUUAAGGUCUUGGUAAAUCGCUAUUUCAAGUCCACAAUAGUUUGGAAAUGAUAGACAAUUCGGGCUUACCCUUGCCGCCGAUCAUUUUUUAAAUUCCGUUUUCUGUGGAAAUUUUCUGUGCGUGCUUUCACGGUGCCCGUACUUUGACCAUUUGAGGAUUUAAUGUACUAGGGGUGAGAACCAUUGCUUCUUUCUGUUUGUUGCCCUGAUUUCCGAUGUGAUUUUUUUCUUCCCCCUAACCUCGGAGAAAAUAGUCCGCCAGAAUGCUGUGGAGAAGGUGAGACAAUUCAGAGUCCCUUAUGUGUAAGACUGAAUUGAUUUGAACCAAAAUGCUAAUUUCCAAGAGAAGGGAAACCCAGUGUAUCAUUGGAGUGGGGACGGUUUUGAAGUGCAACUUGGUGACGCCUUCCUCGAUCCCGGGUGCUGCGAUAUUUGGUGCAUUUCCGAAAUCAAGCCGCUCCCUCUGAGAGCUUCGGGGGCUCCUAGUGCAUUGUUUCUGUCCACGCCGUUGUUUGGGUGUCAAGCGAGAUCGGCAGAGCAGUUGGACCCCCGGAGGGUCCCUCUGGCCCCCUCCCUCAUCGGCCUAAAAUGACACAAAUGAUUGUAACAGCUGAGACGUAAUAAAGACCUGCAGGGAAACCA